CCGGGAUCUUCACGUUGCUUGAGCGCAAACGCGAAUAGCGGGUCGAGUUCCUGCCGUCAUGACUGUCGAGUGACCAAGAGCAGCGGUCAGCCGGACGGGCCGCAGGAGCUCCGAGCCCGCAAGCCCCCCACGAGUGACAGCGCCGGAGCCACCGCGGGGAGCUUUUGUCUUCGAGCGGGGAAUUUUUUUUCAAGUGCAGAAUCGGCGUCUGGAGCUUCUGAAAGCAGAAAAAAAAAGAAGAAGAAGAAGAGCCGGUUCAUAUUCACCACGUACCACGCGGCGGCCAUUGCAGUGGCUAAAUGAAGAACUUGUGAACAUGCACGAGGGAAGGACUCUACCUUUCACUUCGGUGACUUCCCCAGAUGCUUUGGCCCAAAGAAAGAUGGAAAGGAAUGGGAAGAGCUUGAGCCAAGACUGCUGCACAGAACCCAUUCAGUGAGCCAACAGGAGAUCCUCCAUACGCCACGUCGCUGAGCCUCGCACCUUUCCCCUUUCGACCCCUUUACCAACGAGCACUAUGACCUCCGAGCUGGAGAGCAGCCUCACUUCGAUGGACUGGCUUCCCCAGCUCAGCAUGAGGGCAGCCAUCCAGAAGGCGGACGCGGGCCACCACCACGGCCACCACCACCACGGACACCACCACCACCACCACCACCACCACGCGCACCACCACGGGCACGGGCCCGGCAAGAAGAUUGUGCAUUUGGACCCGGGGACGACGCUGGACCAGGAGGAAGCCGCGCAGCACAGAGAUGGUAAACCUCCGUACAGCUACGCCAGCCUCAUCACCUUCGCCAUCAACGGCUCGCCGCGCAAACGGAUGACGCUCAGCGAGAUCUACCAGUGGAUCUGUGACAACUUCCCCUACUACAGAGAGGCGGGCAGCGGCUGGAAGAAUUCUAUACGACACAACCUGUCCUUGAACAAGUGUUUUCUCAAAGUGCCUCGCUCCAAAGACGACCCUGGAAAAGGUUCCUACUGGGCCAUAGACACCAAUCCUAAAGAAGACACAGUCCCCAGCCGGCCAAAGAAGAGACCACGCUCCGGAGAACGAGCAUCAACUCCUUACAGUCUGGAGUCAGAGUCCCUGAGGAUGGACUGCAUCAUGUCAGGAGGAGCUUCCCCGACUCUGGCUAUCAAUGCUGUGACCAACAAGGUAGCGCUGUACAACCCGGAGGCAGAAGGCAGCGAGAGUCCAGGAAGUCUGGGCAGCCUGAGCAACAGCCUCUCAGAGCAGAGUUUGGCGUCCGUCAACCUGAACAACCUGAGCACGGCCGUCAGCAGCGGCGGCAACGUCCACAGCUACACGCCGGUGAGCAGCCACUCGGAGCCUUCAUCUCAGUCCCUGAGCCUCCAGCAGCCCACCCAGCCGCCGCCGCCGCCUCCUCCGCCCCCGCAGCCUCAGUACGGUUUGCCCGUCCCGGAGUCACGGGACAAGCAGCUCUGCUUCUCGGACUUUGAGGACCUCAGCGCUUCCUUCCGCAGCCUUUACAAAUGCGUCUUUGAGCAGUCGUUCUCGCAGCAAGCAGGUUUGAUGAGUAUUCCCGGCGACUCCAGCCAGCAGGCCCGGACCGCCUGCUCCUACCAGCACUCUCCCGGCGCGGGAAGCGGCGGCGGCGGCCACCACCACCAACACAACCACAGCCAGACGUCCCACCACCCGCACCACCCUCACCUCUCCCCCCACUCGGCCCACAGUCAGCACCAGACUCACGCUCAGCACCAACAGCACUCUGGUCAUUCCCAGCAGCACCCGUCUCUCUCCCACCAGAGUCACACGGUACAGAACUGCCCCACAACAGGCAUGUCGUCGGACUGGUACCCCAACCUGGACUGGCUGAAGGAGAGCUGCCGCAUCGCUACCAGCUACAACUGGGCCGACGUCGACCUCUCCCCGUUUCAAGGUUUAAAGGAGAGCAUGCGGCAGGCUGAGCUCAACAACUGGACUCUGGACGCCGCCCAGAUGGCCGACCUGUGUUCCUCCAUUAACCAGUUCUUCACGGCCACGGGGGUCAUCCCCCCUCAGGGCGCCGCCCACCCACAACCUCAGGUCCAACACCCGACACCACCGGGAGCGCCACAGCACCCGUCUCAGCCGCACGGGGCCAUGCACCCAAAACCCAGCCAUCACAAUCAGCACGGGCAACACAACCAACACAACCAACAUAUCAGCACGGGGAACAUGUACAUGGACUCGAGACAGAACAUUUCUUCUCUGAUGGGCCCUCCAGGAUAUCCUCACAUGCCUCCCAUGAGCAGCACGACUCCCGCCAUGACAGGUGACUCCUCCAUCGCUCUCUUAACAGGUCAUCACAGCCAGCUGAGCCAGCAGCAGCAACAACACUCGCUGCCUCCGGGACACUUUCAGGUGAGACGCAUGCUCGCUGCCGACGACAUCCAGGAUGAUUUCGACUGGGACUCCAUCGUCUAAGCAAACGGAGCGAUGAAAAGGAGGGACCGCAAAUAAAAAAAGGGGGCGACACAGAGGUGGAGGUGUGAUGUUAGUGAGGUAUGGAACUGACCAACCUUUCACCUGUGCGAAGAAACAGACGACAAUCCAACAAAAACACAAACGGAAAGUAAUUUUUCUAAUCGUGCUGGCCUUUUUUUUUUUCUUCUUCUUCUUCUUCCUGAUACAAGCAGUUGAUGAGUCUAAAGACAAUCAUUUAAAAAAACAAACAGAUGGGAUGGACUGUGUUGGACGAAGAUAUAUCGUCCAAACGGCCAACAAAAAAAAAAAAAAAAAGGACGUCUGAAGCUCUCCGAAUUGUCUCACGUCGUGUCCCCCAGUGCCAACAGGGUUACAAGUCGCCAAAGUGUUGUCAAAUCGUCUGUGAAUUGUUUUUCUUUUCUUCUUUUUUUUUUUUUUCUUAAUUCUGUUCCCUGCUACAACUCGUGUCCCAUGUCUGCAAAAGUUUCACGACUGAAAUGAACAGAAAACUUCUCCAAACUCUCUGCAGAAAAUCACACUUUCUUUCACUGAGCAUGUCCAAAUAUUUCAUCCUCUCUUCCUUCUUCUUCUUUUAUUUUCUUUUUCUCUCCACUCUGUUACUGGGCAUCUGUGUGGCUGUGGGUCUUAACAGUUAGAAAGAAGGAAGUAAUGGUGCAUCAGCCUGAAUCGGGGAUGGAUGCAGCACCACCUGCUGGUUAAAACAGGCACUGGUUUUGCUUUGUUUGCUUAAAAAAAAAAAAAAAAAAAAGAUCUAUGCACCACAAUGUUCCUGAUCUUUGUUCAGUCAGCGGAUUCCAAACUCUUUUCAGUCUGUUUUGUCAUUAACAUGCCAUGUGUGUGUGUGUGUGCAGCGGUCCAUGGUGCCAUGUUCUCAGGGUGUAAUAUUCACAUACAUCUUCACAUUUACAUCUCUAUAUGUGAGGUUAACUGUGUGUCGUACGGUGCUGUCGGUGUUCAGUUCCUGUUGGCUAACAGCAAGCAUCCCCGUGACUGUGGUCGAAAGAUUUUUUUUAGAAAAGAAAAUCUUCAUUCUGUCAGCUGUAUAAGCUAAAUAAUACAAAAAUACUGUGGAAUAAGCUUUUCAGUAGCUCAAAUAACAGCCACUAAUUUAAGUGUUAACGAGACGCUGGCUAGACUUCGUCAACAUUAAUACAUCUGAGAUAUAAUUUUUCUCUAGUUUUUGGGGGAAGUGCAUAUCAUUUAGGCAGAGAGACAGAGAGAGAGAGAGGGCCGGUCGUGAUUUCAAGAUGCCUCAUUUAGGAGAAGACGAGCAGUUUUUUGCACAACACCGAGCUUGAUAGCAUCUAGUGAAUGGCAGAAGUAAAAGAAAAUUUUUUCUUUGUUUGUUUCCAAAAGACAUUUAAAAAAAAACAAAAAAAAACAGAUCAGCAAGGGAGCAAAGACUAAACGCUUUGUUUUGUUUUUUUUCACUGUGAUGUUAAUUUUGUCUGUGUGUACAAGUGUGUAUAGUCCUCUCUGAUUUCCUUUAGCAUACAGCUUCAUACAGCUCAAAAAAAUGCAUAAGAAACAAAAAUGAAUUUCUUUGUAUUAACGCUUUAAGGUCUCCGCAUUUCCGCACAGCGAAAUACGGGACGUUAAGGCGCUUUAUGGUUUGGAAGAUCUCAGUGAUUGUUCAGGUGGUCUAAACAAGGUCUUAUUGUAGGAAAAAAAAAAAGAAAAAAAGAAAAAUACUCUUUAUUAUUACCAUUUAAUGCUGUAUUACAGUGACCAGCAUAUAUAUCUUCUAUGUUUGUGUGUUGUUGUCCUUGUAAAUAACGGUAUGUUACUCCUCUGUUUGCCCUUGAAAAACACGGACUGAUAUAAAAAAAAAAAAAAAAAGGAAACAACAGCAAAUGGAGACUGUAUUUUUUUUUUUUUUUGUUAUUUGUCCUUCAGGAGAAACGCAUUAUGUACAUACCUUCAGUUUAUUGUAAAUAAGUGAUUUAAAAAAAACAAAAAACAACAACAACAACUGGCAUUGGCAUUUUGUGUGUCAUAAAUAAUCUGUGUAUGGCGGUUCAACAGUUAAAAAUCUGUUUCAGUGUUUAUUAAAAUGUCAUGGACCAUUUUUACUGCGCUAA